CGGGGAAGCCGCGCCUGCCUUGGCCGCGGGGGCUGUAGCGCGCGCGCGCUCGCUGGCUGGCUUCCGGGCUCGCCUGCCUCUUGGAACGCUCGCGCUCGCCAUGGCCCAGAACGUUCAGAACGUCACACUGUCUCUCACGCUGCCCAUCACUUGUCACAUUUGCCUGGGAAAGGUACGCCAGCCUGUCAUCUGCACCAACAAUCAUGUCUUUUGCUCUGUCUGUAUUGAAGUGUGGCUGAAGAACAACAGCCAGUGUCCUGCUUGUAGAAUCCCCAUCACGCCUGAAAAUCCCUGCAAAGAGGUUCUAGGAGGAACAAGCGAAAGUAAUCCAGUCUUUAGCCCUGCAAUCAGGAAACAGCUCCGCAAGACAAGGCUUGAGAUACUCCACAAAGAAUAUGAGGAUGAAAUUGAAUCUUUGCAAAAAGAGAUGGAAGAGGUGAAAGAGAAAAACUCCAGUUUGGAGUCCCAGCUAAAAUCUGUCCUGCAGCCCUUGACGGUGGAGGUGUCGGGCAAAACCCCAGAAAAUCCUGAGCUUUCAUCUGAGGAGCACAGAGUCAACCCUGAGACUUUGGCAACGUGGACUCAAAAGCUUCAGACUGCGAAUGAUAUGUAUGAGAAAGUGAAGGACGACAUGGACAAGUUAAUCGAGGUAAAUAAGAAACUGAGGCUUGAAAACGGGAGCCUUGUGAGGGAGAACUUGCGGCUAAAGGCUGAGGUUGGAAGCCGAUCGCCCCAGAAGUUUGGGAGGUUUACUGUAGCAGCACUUCAGUCCAAGCUAGAACAGUGUGAGCGUGAAACGAACCGGCUUAAGAAAGCCCUGGAAAGAAGUGAUUCCUAUAUAGAAGACCUGGAGUCCCAGAUUUCUCAUCUCAAAAGGGAACGUGACCAAAGGAAAAAUGCACAGUCUGAAAGUGAUGUUCCUGUUCCCAUGGAGGAGAAGGAGAACAAAGGUGUACCCAGUGAGACUGUGCUGCUGGAAAACCCAGAGGAGCAGCACGCAGAACAAAACUGCUUGUGUGCUAGCCAUGCCCCUGAUGAUCUUGAGCCAUCAACGGGUAGUGGACUGUUAAGCACCAACAAUGAUGUCUGCUUAAAUUCCACCAGCCAGGGCUGUUCGGAUGAAUCUGUCACCCAGGGCUCUGCAGAAAGGAAUGUUUUUGCAGGAUCACGGGAGGGUCUCUUGGAUAUUGCAGGCUCGGAUAUGGACACCUGUUCAGAGCAAACAUGGGAUAAAAUUGAGGACUGUGUACCAUAUAAAGAAGAACUUUAUGAACUUCCAGAUCCGUGCACACCAUUAUCACUCAGUUGCCUCCAGUUGAACACUCCCAGCAACAAGGACAGCCCUACAGUGAAAGAGGAGAGUCAGAGUGAGCCCUCAAACUUUCUCAGGAAAUUGGAAUUUGAGGAUUUUGAUGAGGUGUCCGACGACUGUAACAAAGACUCCCCAGAGCACAGCGCAAGCAGUUCUGAGAGCAGCGAUAACAAGGCAACCUGUUUUGCUGCCGACAAGCAGGUGUUUUGGAACAGGUGUCAGUCCCGCUAUGAUGAGAACUUGGACUUUGAAGGCUCAGAGCCAAAUGUGGUCUCAAGUGACUCUGGAGAGUCUUCGUCAAAAUCUAGUGAGAAAAUACGCACUCCCAGUGGGCCGAAGAAACUCCAUUCUGUCCGUUCUGCAGAAAUGAACCGCACCAGAACAUCUAGCGAGGCCUCUAUGGACGCAGCAUAUCUUGACAAAAUCUCUGAACUGGAUUCCAUGAUGUCAGAAUCAGACAAUAGCAAGAGCCCCUAUUAUCCCUCCAAGCCUUCUUCUGACCUGGAUAAUGGUUGCAAGUCGACCCCAUGUCCUGAUCUCUUAAGUGAAAAAGAGAAGAAUAUGAAAGAAAGGAAGGAGCCAAAUUCCCUCAAAUGUUCUCUGCCAGCAGAUCAUUCAGAAGAAGGGAACGAGUGGAAAUCGGCUAAUUUUUCAAUCCUUUCUCCCACAGCCCUAGACAUAACUGAGCCUUUUCCACUCUUUGCAAGUCGGACUUCUGAAGAGAAUGAAAUAAAACCUCAGAGUUUCUUAUUUCAAAGAGAGCUUUCUCCAAGCUUUCUCUUUAACAACUCUCGAGGAGGAUCCUUCGAAGAUCACAAACUUGGCUCUCCGCUAUUUAAAGUGGCACCUGAGCUUCAAAACCUCCAAAGCCAAGUCCAGUCUCCUUGGUCAUCUUCCUUUGUACCAGACAAAAAAACAAAAAACAUGCACACCUCAGCCAAAAGGAAAAUCCACGGUAGCUUGUCUAGCGCCAGCCCAUCAAAAACCACCAAGAACUGAUUCUCUUGUUGACUUUCCUUUUUUUUCUAAGUGAAAAUAUAUUUAGUGCCAAUAUGAAAUCUCCAGUCACACACCCCCUGACCCCCACCCUCGGCCCUCCACCCCACAGGGGGUCCUUCCCCUCUCCUCCUUUGAUCUCAGUCUGUCCACUUCUUCAGUACUGAGUGAUGGAGUUUGACAAUAUUCUCUUUUUAGAGUCCCAAGCUAUUUUGCUGAGGGUGCACUCUUCACAGCAUCCAUUGCUUCAUAGCUGUUGUCACUUUUAGAUACUUUAAGUUUGCUUUUGUUUUAGAUUGGGUUAUAUGAAGUCUUUUGUCCUGCGAAGAGCUCUUAAAGAUCCAGUUAAUGAGCGUGACACAUCUUCAAAACUGGUUUUUUAUGGAAAUUAGUCUUUAUUGGGGUGAAGACUACAGAACAGCUUCUUUACCUUUGCAAAAAUGUGAUGGCACUUUCUAUUGAGCACAGUAUGGCUUUCAGAAUUUAAAAAAUGCCUGUAUGAUUCUCUCUCUCUCUCGUUCUCUCUCUCUCUGUUUCUUUCCCUCUCUCUUGUUACAUCUGAGCUUUCAGUGUCGAACUGUUAGUUUCUUUCUUUCUUUGGCAAGUUUUCAGCUGGAAAAGAAAUAAUUUCCUUAAGACGGAGAACCCAGUUGUUGUUUUGUGGUUGUGCGUGUGUGUUUGUCUCUUCUUUUUAAUUAAACACUGCUUUUGGUUUUUCCCAAAAAGACAAAAAGCUCCAUUUGUACAGGGCUGUGUGAUUUGUGCCCAUGUAGUUCAUAAAAAUGAGUUGGUAUGCUAAUGGCUUGUUUACCGAAUGUGCACUGAGUGUUUUACAUGAAUACUGUACUGUUUUACAUUAAUACUGCAUGCUUUUCUAUGUGGAAUGAAUAAAAAGAAAGUCACAAGCACCGUAA